AUGGUAAAUUCCACUGUGCCGGCUUCCGCUGCCAGUGGGACCAUCAAGAUGUACACAUCUGCGUUGAUAUAUCUUGCAGGACUGGAGCAGCAGGAACUACAGACAGAUGAAGCGAUCGAUAAAGCAGAUAUCGGUGAAAAGAAGAAGGCCUUCGAUCCGGAGUUAUUUAUCAGAAAAUGUUAA